AAAACAUUGCCUUCCGUUUUCGCUCUGCACUCAUCGCCUGGUCUAUGCCCUAUCCAAGCCAAAUACCCCCAAAGUCUCAAUUCCAUUAACCAAAAUCCCCAGUUCGUAAACCCUAAUUUGAUCACCGAAUCAAGAAGAUCGAUGUGGGCAGCUUCCUGCGUUGCGUCAUGCUGUGCCGCGUGCGCAUGCGACGCGUGCCGGAGUGUCGUUUCGGGAAUCAGCCGCCGUUCAGCGAGGAUCGCCUACUGCGGCCUGUUCGCCUUCUCCCUCGUCGUCGCAUGGAUCCUCCGCGAAGUCGCUGCUCCUUUGAUGGAGUCUCUUCCUUGGAUCAAUCACUUUAAACAUACCCCUAGCAGAGAAUGGUUUGAAACAGAUGCAGUUUUGCGAGUUAGCUUGGGGAACUUUCUCUUUUUCACUAUUCUAGCAGUUCUAAUGAUUGGCGUCAAGAACCAGAAGGAUCCUCGUGAUGGUUUGCAUCACGGAGGUUGGAUGAUGAAAAUAAUUUGUUGGUUCCUUCUGGUAAUCUUUAUGUUUUUCCUUCCAAAUGAGCUCAUCAGCUUUUAUGAAACCAUAUCAAAGUUUGGCUCGGGUAUGUUUCUUCUAGUUCAAGUUGUGCUCUUGUUAGAUUUUGUUCAUCGAUGGAAUGACACCUGGGUUGGAUAUGAUGAACAAUUCUGGUAUGUUGCUCUGUUUGUGGUUUCACUUGUUUGUUAUGUGGCUUCAUUUGUGUUCUCGGGAGUUCUUUUUCACUUCUUCACACCAUCUGGACAAGACUGUGGAAUCAAUACCUUCUUUAUUACAAUGACCCUCCUUCUUGCAUUUGUUUUUGCUAUUGUUGCUUUGCACCCUGCGGUAAAUGGGAGCAUUCUGCCUGCUUCAGUAAUUUCAUUAUACUGUACUUAUCUCUGCUAUAGUGCAUUGUCUAGUGAACCCCGAGAUUACGAGUGCAAUGGCCUUCACAAACACUCAAAAGCCGUUUCAACUGGCACCCUUACUUUGGGCUUGCUUACGACAGUUCUAUCUGUUGUGUAUUCUGCUGUGCGUGCUGGAUCUUCUGCCACAGUGCUUUCCCCACCAAGCUCUCCUCGUGCUGGGAAGCCUUUGCUUCCGCUGGAUGGAAAGGAGGAAGUUGAGAAUGAGAAAGCAAAGCCGGUUACAUAUUCAUAUGCCUUUUUCCACUUGAUUUUCUCUCUUGCGAGCAUGUAUUCUGCAAUGCUUCUGACAGGUUGGUCAACUUCUGUUGGAGAGACUGGGAAGUUGGUUGAUGUCGGGUGGCCUUCUGUGUGGGUUCGGAUUGUCACUUGCUGGGCUACUGCUCUGCUCUACUUAUGGUCACUUAUGGCGCCAAUUAUGUUCCCAGAAAGGGAGUUUUAACUCUAAAUGCCGUUCUCCCCAGUUUCAAGGUUUAUGGGGAAAGGUUGUGUGUAACUUAACAUACUUGUUGCAGAUGUGUUGCCUUCAUUAUCUGUAAUUAAAUUAUAUGUAUGGUAUGCAUCUACGUCAACAUAACGGGAGAAACGUGUGUUAUGAAUGACAACUUUGAAUGGGGUGGGUAUGGUGAAAAUAUUUGUACCCCGAAAAAUUACUCUGCAUGUCUCCCAGCAUCCUUCGCCAUUCCUAGUUUCUAAUCAAAGCAUGCGAAAGGGCCAUAUCUGCGUUUCUGUGUCGGCUAAGGAUUUAGUAGCCCUCUUUAAAGGAAGGUUGCCGAUAGCCUUUUCAAUAAUUAUGAUUUGAACCUUAUCUAUUAUCCAAAAUUAUAAAUAUUCUCAUGAAUUGUUAUAUUUUAAA